GGUAACGACAAUCCUAGUCCUCUGUUUGCUAACAACACUGCUACUGGUCAAAUUGGUUUGUUAAGAAAUGGAGGAAUAGAAAGCAUUCAAGGACUAUACAGUUGCGUUAUACCAAAUGAAGAAGGAAUUGAUCAGACACUGUAUGUUGCUGCUUAUGGUAAUAACGAUUUUAUUAGAAAUGAUGAAUAUCCAAUGAUUGAUGGCAGUAGCUCCUCCUUCCAGCUCCUCUCAUCAGUUGAUGCUGAUCCUCCAGUGUUUAGUUUAUCAUUUAAUGUCACUAAUAGAUCACCAACAAUAGUCACUUGCUCUGUUGAUAAUGGAAACCAGUUUAAUGUAUCUGAUAGUGAUCUGAUACGUACUGUAACACCAGUUAAUAAUGAUGUACAAGUACAAGUAUCAGUAAUAUUUAGAAUGAGAGUGUCUAGCUUGUAUAAAUGUUUUGUUACUACUGACAGAAUUAAAGCUACACCUUUAGUAUCUACUAAUAUGAUAAUAAGGAAUGAUACUGUUACAGGAUCUCCAUCAACUAUAUCUCCAUCAAACUUGGUCUACAGUAGAGAUAGUCUUCUCUCAGUUACACUAGGUUGGUCUCCUUCAGCAGUGAUUAGUGCUACUCCUCAGUAUCAUGUCUUUGUUAAUAACAGCAAUGGUAUUAUUAUGAAUGACGACACUACAAAUAUUACUAAUACUGAUUCUACAUUGAGUGUUCCAUUGAUAUCAGCAAUAGUUUCAGUUAAUAACAGUAAUGGUAUUAUUAUGAAUGACAACACUACAAAUAUUACUAAUACUGAUUCUACAUUGAGUGUUCCAUUGAUAUCAGCAAUAGUUUCAGUUUUGAUUAUAAUAGUUGCUUUGGUGUUGAUCAUUAUUUGUGCAGUUUGUGUAAUAAUUUGUAGGAAAAAAUCAAAGAUGCAUAAUAUAAAUAGUAAAACUGAUGACAUUGAUGUAACACCUAAUGCAGGAUAUGGUAUGAUUAAUACUGUGAAGAAUACAGCUACAGGAAAUGAAAAUAAUGUUUAUGAAAGAAUAGGGGAUGAUCAGGUUUAUGAACAAUUAGAUGAGCCUCAUCUACUUGUUGCAAGAGAAAGUGCUGCUGACAAAAACUCUACUAGUGUUCACGAAAAAGAAAAUGAGGAAAAUGUGUAUAUCUGAUUAAAAUUGAUUCAAAAUAACUGCUCAUCAUGCACUAUU